AUGCCGAGGGUGAAACCCGAGCCGGUGGAUGACCCCGGUCGCGGGGUUGUUUGCCAUGCCGAAAUUGCGAACAAGUCGAGUAAUGUUGACAGCAUCGUUAACACAAGUUAUCUCCAACAACUCCUCACUCCAGGAACAUCACCUGAGCUCCUUGAGAAUGGUGUCAGCAUCGGUACACGAGUCCUUAAAAGUCUGAAGGAGCCACUAGAGGGCGGGGCUGCAGAAGCCGCAGGUUCGGAAUGGCUGAAGUCUAUCGUUGAUCUCGAAGCGCUUGCAAAGCCCACGCGCACCAUCGUAGGUGUCGUGGGAAAUACAGGGGCCGGAAAGUCGUCUGUGAUCAGUGCCGUGCUCGAUGAGGAAAGGCUCCUCCCCACCAACUGCAUGAGAGCAUGCACCGCCUCCCCGACCGAGAUCUCAUACAACUACUCAGAAAGCCCCGAGGAGUUGUAUCGUGCUGAGGUCGACUUUAUCGCCGCUGAUGACUGGAUCAAAGACCUCCGCGGUCUCUAUAGCGACCUUCUCGACGGCAGUGGGGAAAUCUCUCGCGAGUGCACGAACCAGGAUAGCGAUGCCGGCGUUGCGUACGCCAAGAUCAGGGCUGUCUAUCCCAAGAUGACCAAAGAGAUGAUCACCCAAGCAACCCCCGAGGCUCUCGCCGACCAAGCCACUGUCCGACAGGUGCUUGGGACCGUCAAGAAGCUUCGGGCAACCACGGCCGCGAGCUUAUAUCGUCAAUUGCAAAAUUAUGUCGACAGCAAGGAGAAGGACACCGAGAGGCGCAUGGAGUAUUGGCCUCUGAUCAAGGUUGUCCGCAUCUUCACCAAGGCCUCUGCCCUGGCCACUGGCGCUUGCAUCGUCGACUUGCCCGGUGUCCAGGACUCGAACGCGGCUCGUGCUGCCGUUGCCGCCAACUACAUGAAGGCCUGUACCGGCCUGUGGAUCGUCGCCCCAAUUACCAGAGCAGUAGACGACAAGACUGCUAAAUCCCUUCUAGGCGACUCUUUCAGGCGCCAGUUGAAGUACGAUGGCACAUACUCCGCCGUGACUUUCAUCUGCUCCAAGACGGACGACAUUUCUGUCACUGAAGCGUCAGAGAGUCUGGGCAUCGAAGAGGAGAUCUCAGAGUCCUGGUCUAGGAUCCAAGAGCUCUCGGACGACAUCCGGAGGCUCAAGUCUGACAUUGCAGACCUCAGGGAUGAGCGAGAUGCUUGCAACGAUCUUGUCGACAAAAUUGAGCAGACCUGGGACAAGUGGGAGACCUUGGCCAGCAAGCUGGCUGACGGUAGCACCGUGUACCCGCCCCCCAACACGCCCACCAAAAAACGCAAGCGGCGGUUUGAACCAAAACGCAGCCGUAAGAAUCGCACUUCCAGUGAUCUCGACAGCGACUUUUCCGAUACGGACAGCUCAGACUCCAGCGAUAAGGAAAACCAAGAGCGCAUGGCUGAAGACAGUGAACCACUGACCGAGGAUCAGAUCGAGGCCAAGCUCGCGUCUCUGAAGGCCGAGAAGAAGGAGGUCCGAGUGAAGAAGAAGGAGAUUGAGGAGCAAGUCAAGACCACCCGUGAGAAGAUUAAGGAGUUUGUCACGGAGAAAGAAAUGCUGCUCGCUGAGGUGAAGGCUGUUUGCAUCCAGGGCCGCAACGAAUAUUCGAGACGGGCAAUCAAGCAGGAUUUUGCGAUGGGCAUCAAAGAGCUCGAUCAAGAGAACGCGGCAGAGGAGGAUGAAGCUAACUUCGACCCCGAAACCGACCUUCGAGACUAUGACGCGGUUGCCGCAUCCCUCCCCGUAUUCUGCGUCAGCAGCCGUGCUUUUCAGAAGCUGAGCGGCCGACUCCAGAAGGACGACUUCAACGGAGGCGGCUUCCAAUCACUCGACGAUACCGAAAUUCCCCAAUUGCAGGCGCAUGCCAAGAAGCUCACUGAAGCCGGCCGAGCUGCCAACUCUCGGCGCUUCCUCAACGACCUCAUGCAGCUCCUCAACUCAAUGACCAUGUGGGCUUCCGACGACGGAACAGGGUCAACCUUGUCCAACGCAGACAAGACAAAGGAGGAAACGCGCCUGCUGAAGCAACUUCGCAGGAUAGAGCAGGAACUUGAAACUGCGCUGGAAGAAUGUCUGACAUCUGUACGAGAAGUUUUGGACGAGAGCAUUUUUGAGAAUUUUCACAAGUACAUACCAGCGGCGGUCGAAGCAGCCCUGCCGACGGCGACGCAAUGGGGGGCCCACAGAUCGACGGGCGGCUUGCUAUGGGCGACUUACAAGGCCACUUGCAGGAGGAAUGGUGUCUUUGCCGGCGCUUCGGGCGCUCGCGACUUCAACGACGAGCUCUUCAGCCCCAUUUCGAAGCACCUCGCCAAUGGCUGGGAACGUGCUUUCCAACGCCGUCUUCCGGUGGCCCUUGAUAGCUUCCUCCGCGUCAUAAAGGCGUGCAUAGAGAAGUUCCACCGCGAUGCUACCGAGCAGGCGAGGGAGCGCGGCACCCAAUACACCGGCCUAAAUAUGCUGACUCAACAACUCCGUGGACAUUCGCAGAGCGUCGCGGAUAUGAAGGCAUCCGUUCUGGGCCUGGCACAGGAGCUACAGCGGGAAGCCAGCCGAAGCUUUACACCCGUCAUCCAGGGAGAGAUGACACCGGCCUACGAAGGCUGUGUGGCCGAGCGAGGUCCCGGAUCCUACAUGCGCAUGAAGAACCUUAUGCUGACGCACGUCACCAACCAGCGCGGAGUCAUGUUUCGGGCCGCCACCGAUCACGUACAGGAGCAGCUCGAAGGCAUGUGCGAGCAGAUCGGCGCGGAAUUGGAGGCCAGCAUCCAGGGCCUGCGAGAACGGCUCACGCGCGACUACCUGGCGGUGCUUGUCGGCGUCGAUGCUUCUUCUGAUGGCCUGGGGCCUUCCCGUGUUGAGAUGAUGCUGCGUGGCGAGAUGGCGCUGUUGUUGCGCAAGGCGGAUCGCUUUUUCGCUGAGCUUUUCCCUGGCCAGGGGGACAGGUGUCCUAAGGACGAGGAGGAUGGCGGAGACUUCGAUGGUGACAAGAAGAAGCAUGAUGAUGACUUUGUCAAAGAGGAACCGGAGGCGGCGACGCAGGACUCCAUCACGGUCGGGUGGGAGUCGGACUGA